GCGUUACCGGCAGAUUGCAAUAGAAACUCAACGAGUACACAACUGAAAGCGAAUCUAAGUGAUUAAAAAGUGCUUUAUAUUCCAAGUGAAUUUUAUUGUGAAUUUUGUAAAUUAAAGUAAAUAAAAAAAAAUGUCUCUAAUUCCAUUCAUCUUUCAAGACGUUUUAAGCGAUCCAUGGGCAAGACCAUCUCGCCUACAUGAUCAACAUUUUGGAUUGGGAUUACGAAGCGACGAUUUAUUGGAGCCAUUUGUAGUACCAUCGAUGUUAAGUCGAAAUUAUUAUCGACCAUGGCGUUCUGCUUUGGCUAAAUUGGAUCAAGGAUCUACUGUAGUGGCUGACAAAGAAAAAUUCCAAGUAUCAUUGGAUGUACAACAAUUUGCUCCAAAUGAAAUUCAAGUAAAAGCCAUCGAUGAUAAUCACAUUAUUGUGGAGGGUAAACAUGAAGAGAAACAAGAUGAACAUGGUUACAUUUCAAGACAAUUUACCAGACGAUAUGUGUUACCAGAAGGUUAUGAUGGUAAAAAUAUAGCUUCUAGUCUCUCUUCAGAUGGUAUUUUAACAAUUGAAGGUUCAGCAGGUGAACGAGCAAUUCCAAUUACUCAAACUGGUCCAGUAAGAAAAGAAAAUAAAUCAGUCGAGGAGAAAAAACAAUAAUUAAUAUUUUAUAAUAUGUAAU